CGUAUGCAUAUCAAUCUUGUUUAAUUCGACCUUCGUAUGCAUAAAAUUGUUGUUUGAUCAGACCUUCGUAUGCAUAUGAAUCUCCAUCAUUAUAGAAAUGGAAACCUGGUUCCUCAUAAUCGUCACUUUAGCUACCUCUUUUCUCUUAAAAUCUAUCGUUAACCUUUUCUUUCAAGCCAAGGAUCAGAGUCAGUGUCUUCCUCCAGGUCCCCCUAAGUUUCCAUUCGUCGGAAGCCUUUUAUGGCUGCGAAAAUCAUUCCGAGAGUUCGAAUCAACCCUCAUCUCCCUCCACAAACAGCUCGGACCUAUCAUCACUCUUUACAUGGGCUCUCGCCCCAGCAUAUCCAUCGCAGAUCAUUCUCUUGCCCAUCAAGCCUUAAUCCAGAGAGGAGCAGUUUUUGCUAGCCGGCCUCCGUCUUCUGCUACCAAUAAAAUUUCUAGCUGCAAUCAACAUCAUAUCAGUGCGUCGUUUUACGGCCCCACUUGGCGUCUUUUCCGCCGGAAUCUUAUUUCUGAAAUCCUUAAUCCUUCGCGGGUUAAAUCGUACUCUCAUGCUCGCAAAAGGUCUCUUCAAAUCUUAUUCGACCGCUUGGAAUCACAAUCGAAAUCUGGUGGUCAUCCUGUUGGUGUUCUUGAUAAUUUCCAGUUCUCUAUGUUCUGUUUAAUAGUGUUUAUGUGCUUUGGAGAGCACCUUGGUGAGAAACAAAUUGAGGAAAUAGUAAGACUAGAGCGUGGUGUAAUGGUGAAUAUCCAUAGAUUGGAUAAACUCAGUAUUAUGCCAAAAUUGACCAAAAUUCUGUUUAGGAAAUAUUGGUCUGAGUUCUUGCAGAUUCAGAAGCAAAGAGAAGAGGCGAUAAUUUCAUUAAUAAGAGCAAGAAAGAAAGCAAAUGAAGAGAGAAAAAUCAAGAAUUCAAAUGACGAGUUUAAUUUUUGCUAUGUUGAUACUUUGUUUGCUCUACAAGUUGCUGAUGAGAAAAGAAAUCUUACAGAGCAGGAAAUGGCUGCUUUGUGCAAUGAGUUUCUUAACGCCGGCACGGAUGCUACAUCCACAGCCUUGCAAUGGAUCAUGGCCAACCUGGUUAAGUACCCAGAAGUUCAAGAAAAGCUAUGCAUGGAGAUUAAACAAGUUACGGGUGACGGAGAAAAGGAAGUAAAAGAAGAGGAUUUGCAUAAAAUGCCUUAUUUGAAGGGUGUGAUUUUAGAAGGAUUAAGGAAACACCCACCAGGACAUGUUGUACUGCCGCAUGCUGUGACUGAAGAUAUUGUUUUAGAUAAUUUUUUGAUACCCAAAAAUGCUAAUGUCAAUUUCAUGGUGGCGGAAAUGGGACGGGAUCCGAAAGUAUGGGAGGAUCCGAUGGCGUUUAAGCCCGAAAGAUUUACGGGUGAUGGUGAAGUGUUCGAUAUAACAGGAAGCAGAGGGAUUAAAAUGAUGCCGUUUGGUGCAGGAAGGAGAAUUUGCCCUGCUUAUGGAUUAGCAAUGCUUCAUUUGGAGUAUUUUGUGGCUAAUUUGGUUUGGAAAUUUGAGUGGAAAGCUGUGGAUGGAAAAGAGAUUGAUAUGUCUGAGAAGCUGGAGUUUACAACUGUGAUGAAGAAUCCGUUACAAGCUCUGAUUUCACCCAGGUUUCAUAAUCAAUAAUUUAUAAUAAUUGGCUUUUUAAUUAAAAAGACAAAAUAAAUGAAUACAUGAACCCUUAAUCUAGUAUUAAUGUAAAUACACAUAAUAAAAUUAAGUUUGACCAUGCUCGUCCAGAUUGGAAUC